AUGCUCUCCAUGAAAAUUUUCUUGCUUUUGACGGCUCUUGUCUUGCAAGGCCAAGCUGUCUAUUCCAAGCAAGAAUUUUUCGCCUUCAAGUGCAGCUCGAAAAGACCUAACCCUUACUGUUCUCAGCAGACCUUCAAAAACGGCGCUGUAACUUCAGCUUCGCUCCAACUCCCACUCGCGCCCCCAAAGCAACCCGGACAUCGACAGGAGUAUAUCUGCAGCAACGUGGCCGAUCCCAACGCUGCAAUCCUCAACCAGUGUUGUUCAGCCCGCUACCAGCCUUCAACCGCAGCUCCCGGACUCCAUAUGAUUGACACAUCCCUUGAUUACACUCUUAUUCCUCCCUUUCACAUCACUGUGCUGUUGCAUUACACACUCUUGCCGCUACUAAACGGUUUUCGCAAUGUAUACAAAGCUGAAUCACGCAAGCUGGCCUAUUAG